CAUGUCCACCAUCCAAUCCCACACAAUUGGCUAGCCAGUACUACCUUGUUCGGAACACCCUUAAUCUUCCAAAACAACACUCUCUCUUUUCCUUUCCGCCUUGGCUUAAUUAACCAAGUGCUCGAGAACGAUGGGAUCCGAAGCUCUAGUCCACGUUCUUUUGGUAUCUUUCCCAGGCCAAGGCCAUGUUAACCCUCUACUCAGGCUUGGAAAACGCCUUGCUUCAAAGGGUUUGCUUGUAACCUUCUCCACCCCGAAAGUUGGCAAGCAGAUGCGAAAAGCCAGCAACAUCACUGACGAGCCUGCACCGGUUGGUGAGGGAUUCAUCCGCUUCGAAUUCUUCGAAGAUGGCUGGGACGAGGACGAGCCAAGACGCCAAGACUUGGACCUGUACUUACCCCAACUCGAGCUCGUUGGCAAAGAGAUCUUCCCUCAGAUGAUAAAGAGAAACGCAGAACAGGGACGCCCCAUUUCGUGCCUAAUCAACAACCCAUUUAUUCCUUGGGUUUCGGACGUGGCUGAUAGUCUUGGCCUCCCUUCAGCCAUGCUUUGGGUCCAAUCUUGUGCGUGCUUCUCCGCAUACUACCACUAUUGCCACGGCUUAGUUCCUUUCCCCUCUGAAGCUGAGCCCUUUAUUGAUGUUCAAUUGCCAAGUAUGCCACUUCUGAAGUAUGACGAAGUUCCUAGCUUCUUGUACCCAACCACUCCGUACCCAUUCUUGAGGAGGGCCAUUCUGGGCCAGUACAGGAACUUGGACAAACCCUUCUGCGUACUGAUGGACACGUUCCAGGAACUGGAGCAAGAUGUCAUUGAGUACGCGUCCAAGUUCUGCCCAAUCAAAACGGUCGGGCCUCUCUUCAAGAACCCCACAGCUCAAAACGCAAACGUCCGCGGUGAUUUCAUGAAGGCCGAUGACUGCAUUGAGUGGCUGGACUCAAAGCCACCCCAAUCCGUGGUGUAUAUCUCCUUCGGCAGCGUAGUCUACUUGACUCAAGCCCAGGUGGACGAGAUUGCUCACGGCAUCUUGAAUUCUGGGGUCUCGUUCUUGUGGGUGAUGAAGCCACCUCAUAAAGACUCCGGGUACGAACUGCUGGUUCUUCCAGAUGGAUUCUUGGAGAAAGCUGGGGACAAUGGCAGGGUGGUCCAUUGGAGCCCACAAGAGCAAGUGUUGGCCCACCCUUCGGUUGCAUGCUUUGUGACCCACUGUGGGUGGAACUCAACCAUGGAGUCGCUCACCUCAGGCAUGCCGGUGGUGGCGUUCCCGCAGUGGGGAGACCAGGUUACGGACGCAGUUUACUUGGUGGAUGUGUUCAAGACCGGCGUGAGAAUGUGCCGCGGCGAAGCUGAAAACAAGGUGAUCACUAGAGAAGAGGUGGAAAGGUGCUUGCUGGAGGCGACGGUGGGGGCCAAGGCGGCUGAGAUGAAGCAGAACGCAUUGCAGUGGAAGGCCAAGGCGGAGGCCGCGGUGGCGGAGGGUGGAUCGUCUGACCGGAAUAUCCAAGCCUUUGUGGACGAGGUGAGGAAGAGAAGCAUUGCAAUCAACAGUAAGACAACGGCCAAUGGGGUUGAAGACUUAGCCAAUAAGUCAGCAGCGACCAAUGGACUUGCAGAUCUGGUUGAGUCAAAGGCAAAUGGCAGCCUGAACCUGGUUGCAUCCUAAUAAGAGUCUUCUCGGAUUAAGGAAUUUGGUGGAAAUUAAGGUGGACCUGAUUUAAGCGUGAAAUAAAAUAACUGGGAUCGUACCUUUUAGAUUUGGGUAUUUGUUU